CGCCGCCCAUUCCUCCGCAAUGCUGUGAAACCACAUCUAUCACAGCUAUUCCAAGUCACCACACACUCAUUCGCGAGCCCAGCUACCCUACAACCGAACAUUCAGUCUCCCAGUAUACACCACACAUAUUCACAAAAUGGGCUGGCUCCCUUGGUCAUCCGGCGACUCCAACAAAGCCUCUGACGGCGGCCGCAUCGCACCGGAUCGCACGAGUCGCGCGCGCUGCUGGGAGGGCAGAGAUGCUUUCUUUGCCUGCUUGGAUCGGAAUGAUAUUCUCGACGGAAUCAAAGACGAUAAGGAGGCGCGUCGGAAAUGCGCCAAGGAGGUUGCGGAGUUCGAGGCUGCUUGUUCGGCGACUUGGGUCAAAUACUUCAAGGAAAAGCGAGUGAUGGAAUAUAACCGGGACAAGACAAUCGAGCGGAUCAAGAAGGAAGACGCGGAGAAGGUGAAGGAAUUGAAGUCUCAAGGUUGGAAGUCUAGCUAGAUGAUUUGAGGCUACAGGUGAAGGGCAGACGGGCUUUUCUUUUCUGUACAUUAUGUACCAUAUCCACUCUUGACGUAUUUCCAUGAGCACUCCAUUUUCUGCUACCCAAAAAUUGAAGCAGUAUAUCAAUUCGAAUGUACAGG